GUCCGUUGCUGACGGACUCAUUUCCCAGACGUACUGAUUUGUGAACAUCAACAACAGCGGGUGGCGUCUCUGGUUGAUGGGAAUAAAACGAGCUUCUCCUCCGACGUCCUGCUGUCCAGCAUGAACGUGAACCAGGGGACGGUGGGCAGCGACCCGGUGAUCCUGGCCACGGCUGGAUAUGAUCACACGGUCCGCUUCUGGCAGGCCCACAGCGGGAUCUGCACCCGGACGGUCCAGCACCAGGACUCUCAAGUCAAUUCGCUGGAGGUCACGCCUGACAGGAGCAUGAUCGCAGCUGCAGGUUAUCAGCACAUCCGCAUGUACGACCUGAACUCCAACAACCCAAACCCCGUCAUCAACUACGACGGCGUCAGCAAGAACAUCACGUCGGUCGGCUUCCAUGAAGACGGCCGCUGGAUGUACACGGGAGGGGAGGACUGCAUGGCUCGCAUCUGGGACCUGAGGUCAAGAAAUCUUCAGUGUCAGAGGAUUUUCCAAGUCAACGCCCCCAUUAACUGUGUGUGUCUUCAUCCCAAUCAGGCAGAGCUGAUUGUUGGAGAUCAGAGCGGAGUGAUUCAUGUCUGGGACCUCAAGACCGACCACAACGAGCAGCUCAUCCCCGAGCCGGAAGUCUCCAUCAACUCGGUGCACAUCGACCCGGAUGCCAGUUACAUGGCAGCCGUCAACAGUUCGGGGAAUUGCUACGUGUGGAAUCUCGCUGGAGGCCUCGGAGAUGAAGUGACUCAGCUCAUUCCUAAAACUAAGAUCCCCGCACACAAACGCUACUCCCUCCGCUGCAAGUUCAGCCCCGAUUCCACAUUGUUGGCCACUUGCUCCGCCGACCAGACCUGUAAGAUCUGGAGGACGUCCAACUUCUCCCUCAUGACGGAGCUCAGCAUCAAGAGCAACAACCCCGGGGAGACGUCCAGAGGCUGGAUGUGGGACUGCGCUUUCUCCGGAGACUCGCAGUACAUCGUGACUGCGUCUUCAGACAACCUGGCUCGCCUGUGGUGCGUGGAGACGGGCGAGAUCAAGAGGGAGUACAGCGGCCACCAGAAGGCCGUGGUGUGUCUGGCCUUUAACGACAGCGUGCUCGGCUGAGGAGGACGAGGACAUGUUACAGAAAACUGAAUGUGAACGGGGACAGGACAUGAACUCUGGUCGCUCCAUCACCGGGGGGCGCUCACGUGUCGGCAGCAGCGGGGACAGUUUGAUGAUUUUGAACAUGACAGCAGCUCCUGUAAGUAUUCAGAGUGACCAACAUACGGAAUACCUUCAGUUCAUCUUUUCUUUACAAAGCAUCGCAGUUCUUUAAAGAAACUGAUCCAAGUCUCUGUUCAUGCAGAACGCCAUAUUUAUUUGAGUAACGGACCAUGUUAUUGUAAAAUUGAACAGUGAUCACUCGUGUGCUAUCGCAGAAUAAUUUGAUGCUCCUCGUAGAAAUUGUACCUUUCUUAAUGAUCACAAGUGGAGCAGCAAAUGUUUGGGAAUAAAUAAUUUAC